UCAAAGUGUCUGCCGAGUUCUUCGAUGGAAGUAGCGGUCAAACCCGAUAUCGGCACAAUUAAAUACAAAUAAUAAUCUCGUCAACUGGUUCUUCUCUCUUUCGGACGGAGGAUGCAUUUCGAAUGGCAACGAACCGCUCGUGUCCAAAUUAGGAACGCUGCCGCCACCGGAUUACCACUCCAGGUGUUCCUGCCUCGCUGCUUUUUUCAAUUAUUGUGACUCUUCGACUUUUUUGUACUCCCGGCGACCAACUAUACAGCUAAAUGACCUUCGUGGCCGCGAGAAUUAACCGAUAUUAAAUUCUGAAAAAUGCAGGAAGAGGCGGGGGAGCAGAAAGGCAAGGGUAAAUGCAGCCGCUACCGAGACACGGCGCGCGAGAUCCACAGGCAGCUGAAAAAGGCGGCCUGUUUGAUCCCGCUGGUCGAAAUGUGUGACUUGGACUUCCAGCGUUGUCGGGACAAUGCGAGUGAAAAGGCCCCGCAGCAAACGGAAGCGAACGGAUGUCUUGAAAAUAACAACAGCAUCGCACCAGAUAAGAUCAUGCACGGCGGCUCUGUGGUCGAGAAUGGCGUGACUUCCAAAAUAAGUGUCUACAGAACCAAGCAGCUUUCCAUGGUGAGCACACCGAGGAGAUCAGAUUCCAUUCCAGCAGACGAGGAGUCGUCAGUGCAGAGAAUCGCCUCGAGCAGGGAGGCCAGCAUGCAGCUCAACUACAUCACGGAACGCAUUUUGGCCCUGUGGCUGCCGGCCGACGGAGCCACCGAGGCCCGCGCCGGCAUGAUGAGGGCCGCUGCCCUGCUCAGGAACAAGCACGGCGACCACUACAUGAUAUUCAACUUGUCGCCAAGAUCUGUGGCCCGAGGCCCAUUAGAAGAGACUGAAGACAUGUGCGUGCGCGAGUUGGGCUGGGCGCGGGGUUUGGCGCCCCCUCUGGAGCGGCUGUGCGCCCUUUGCAAGGAGCUGGACGCCUGGUUGUGCGCCGGGUCGCAGCGCCUCGCCGUUUUGUCCGCCCAGAGCAACGCGGGCAGGGAGCGUCUGGGGGUGGCCGUGUCGGCGUUCAUGCACUACUCCCUGAUUUGUGGCAGCGACGACCAGGCCCUCGACAGAUACGCAAUGGCCCGAUUCCUCGAGGAAAGGGUCGGAGAUUUCUUGCAACCUUCCAAUAAGAGAUAUUUGAACUACUUUGCUGGUCUGCUAUCCGGUUCUAUCAAGAUUAACGCACAACCCAUGUACCUGACGCACGUCACCCUCAUUGGCACCCCGUCCUUUGAGCCUGCAGAUGUUCUGCCAUCAACGCCAGAAAAUUAUAACGGCGGCGGUUGCAGACUUUUCUUGAAGGUUUACCAAGGCCUGGUACCAGUGCACACCUCCCCAGUCUACAGAGUGGCCGGAUCCACUAGAAGAUUAACUGUGGCCCUGGACAGAAGUUUGCAGCUCAGGGGAGAUGUCAUGCUGCGCUGUUACCACAGAUAUCCACCUCAUCAAGCACCCACAGUAUCAGGGGAAGGACGGGAGCUAAUAUUUAGUUGCCAGUUCCACACUUGCGCCAUUGCCGACUACAAUUUGACCUUUUCCAGACAAGAGUUAGAUCAUGCUUGCUUAGAUCUUAGAUUUCCAUUGGACGGAGCCGUCGAGCUAACAUUUUCGCCCAGUCCAAGCCCCCGACAACCUAGUCCUGCCCCCACACCCUCAGUACCUGUAGACUACUCACCAGACCCAGUCACUCGGUGGGACAGUCUGGACACGCUGCUCAGUCCGGCCGAAGUCAAUCCGAGCGCCUUCGAAGCUUCGUGCACCACACCUCCUCACAUCAGGGUGGGCACGUCGUCGCCCGGAGUGAGCCAGCCGCUGGGCAUUGACUGCUCGCCAGGUCCAUACACCCCUGGCCCCCUGGACGGCUCCCUUUACGCGACCGUGAGCAAGAAGUCGCCGUCAGGGCACUCGCCCUCGCAGCCAGGCGUGCACAGUCCGCACACAGUCUCGAUGGACUCGGGAAUCUCAUCGGCGGGCAACGGCGGCCAGGCGCAGGCCACCGCCACGGCCACCGACCACCAAAAGAUGCUGGACCAGUUGCUCAACGACAUGCUGCUCACUGUCGAAAACAUCCCCGACCUGCCCGCAUCGCCCAAAACGCAAACCACCUCGGUCAUCGACGGAAUCGACGACAGCCUCAGAGCACUGCAGGAGUUCCAGUUCAGCUCUCCCUCCUCGAAGCCACAGCAACAACCUGCGGCUCCCACGCGGCGGCCACCCCCCUUGAGCAACUCCCCGCCACCGCGACCUGCCCUGCCGGCGGAACUGCAGCAUCAGGAGCAGCAGCAGUUGGACUCCGGCGGCCCCUCCGACGUGCCGUACCACGCGCGCCACGACAGCCGACCCUUCACGUACGGCCUGCCCGACUCGAAGCACUCGUCGUCCGACACCAACACCAUGUCCUCGACCAGCACCAGCACCACCCUCCGCUCGGUGGUGUACAACGGCGACGCCCCCGCCCGCACCCCCGGCCUCGCCAGCCCAAGUCUGGUGCGAAAAGCGUCCUUCGGCAAAAACUCGGCGCCGACCAACGGCUACGGCAACAACACCAACACCUGGAGCCCUGCCAGCAACAACAAGAGCUGGUCCACGCCGGACGCGCACCACUACUCCAACGGAACCACGUCGAAUUUCCACUCGACUUCUGCAACGAGCACCGGAAGACGCGGCAAAUUGUUCAUCGACGACGACUUCGACUCCAGAGAUCUGCUCGACGGGUACCCUGACAGUACCCUGAGUAGCAGCGCCUCCACGAGUAAUGGUGGGCUGACGUGGCUGCAACGCCAGCAGCAAAAGUUGAGGGACCGGAAGGAGCAGCAACUGCGGGCCGAGCGGUAUCCGCAUGAAACCAAGUUGCUGACCGAACUGCGCACCGUCCAGAAUAGAAUCAGCAGACCUAACGGCUCUAGCCCCCGCCGCCCAAGCACUGAGGAUGGCUAUGCUAGCGACACCACCCUCUUGCUGUCCGGAAUGGAGGAUGACCCUCUUGUAGCCGACAGUCCCUCUCCACAGUACAGCACUCCAUUCGCAGUCAAUUCCACCCAUAGCUUCAACCGAGGCAUUUCGGCGCCCUCGUCGCCAAUCCUGCCGAACCGCAGCUCGAGCCGAGAACGCACCCUUCGCUAUCAGGGUCAGGGCAGCGGCAGCCAGAGCCACCACCAGGAACUGGCCACCAUUAUGUCCGGCGUCAAACCCCUCAGCAGACAAAAGUCGGACACUUCGUUCGACCGCGAGAGACCGUUUGUGGCGGUCAAGAGGGCGCACGAACAGCAGCAGCAACAACAACAGCAACAACAGCAACAACAACAGUACAACAGGCGACUGGAUUCCCAAACCAGUUCCCCUGCUUCUCAUUAUUCCCUGCUCGCGGCUCAGCCUGCUCUGGGCCAAGUGAGCCACUACUACUCCAUCAGACAGAAUCAGCCGACCAGGACAUACACCAACGGACACGAUUAUAACAAAUCCCCUUCACUUUAUAACGGGGGUUUUGAUGAGUUUGACGCGAGCAGUCGGCCGCAAACGCCUGCCUUCCCAGUCCACCCUCGCACCCCAUACGCCAACAACAGCGCCAGUCCGUACCCGCAGACUCCCCAGCCUGGCGACAGUCCGUCGAGCGGCCUCCCGCCAAAGAGCCCCACCGCACAACGACGGCUUCGGAUGCGAAAGUGGCCAUCCAAUACUUCUUUGACUAGCCGAGAGCGGUCCAUGUCACCAGGAUCGGACGCACCAACCACUCCGUCCUUGUACGGCGGCCAGUCGAGACGGUCGUCCAUCCAGUCUUCUGGAGGCGAAACUGUGACCCAGGAGGUCAGCCCAGUCCAUGUCAAAUUUGUCCGAGACACGUCAAAAUACUGGUACAAACCAAACAUCUCCAGAGAGGAAGCCAUUGCUCUGCUGAAGGACCAAGCGCCGGGCACAUUUGUGGUUCGCGACUCCAAUUCCUUCCCAGGCGCGUUUGGUCUUGCCCUGAAAGUGGCCACGCCACCGCCAUCCACCCCAGGUGGCACCAGAGAUCAGGGCAACGAACUGGUCAGGCACUUUUUGAUCGAACCCACCUCCAGGGGCGUCAAACUCAAGGGAUGUGCCAAUGAGCCCGUUUUCAGUUCGCUCUCAGCCCUGGUAUAUCAACACUCCAUCACAGCCAUUGCCCUACCCUGCCGACUUGUGCUCCCUGAGAAGGACAUUGCCCACAACGACGGACGAGGGACCCUGAGCAUGACCCAGCAAUUGCUCGCCCAGGGAGCAGCGUGCAACGUGCUCUAUUUGAUCACCGUGGACACCGAGUCGCUGACGGGCCCUCAAGCCAUCAGAAGGGCAGUUGCGCAGCUUUUCGCCUCCAGACCGCUUCCCAAAGCCACCAUUGUGCACUUCAAGGUGGCCAGCCAGGGCAUCACUCUGACGGACAACAGGAGGACCUUGUUCUUCAGGCGCCACUACCCAGUCAAUACCAUCUCCUUCUGUGGCCAAGACCCUGACGACCACCGGUGGAGCCAGAAGAGUGAAGAUACUGGCAUGCCCAUCAGCUCCAAUCGGUGCUUUGGAUUUGUGGCGCGAAAGCAGGGCAGUCUGACUGCCGACAACCAGUGCCACUUGUUUGCCGAACUUGAACCUGAGCAGCCCGCGACGGCCAUUGUAAAUUUUGUGUCCAAAGUCAUGAUGACCGGCAGCCACAGUCCGUCUCUGGGUGGGAAAGUCGUCUAGCAAGAGAGAAUCACCGCAGAGAGCCUUACGAAUGUUAUAUUUGUAAAUUUGCCGAGAGCAUGUUAAAUAAUAACUGUACCAAAAUCACUGUGUAUAAAUGUUGUUAUUGUUGACGUUGGAAAAGUAUAUUUAAAUCAGAAAAAGAUUUCUAUUUGAAAUUGGCUGAGAAAGAAAGUCACACAUGUUGAGAUAAUCGAAAGUAAACAUAAAAAUUGCGAGUCGCGAACAAAAAUCGUCUAUCGUGGAGUGCCGAUUUUAAUUAUUCUAUUGAAUUUGUAUAACUUAUUUUUAUCUUGAUCACGUACGUAUAUAAUUAUUUUAUAAUUUCGCCUCUGCUACUUAAAGGAGGAUUCAAUGAUUAAUGUGUAGGCAAGCUAACAAAAAUCUUUGUGCCAUAACUACUGUCCGUACUGUACACACAUUUACAAACACGCAGCAUUUUUCAUUUUAUUCACGCUCUAACAGCAACUUUUAACAGAUCUGAUGUGUAAUUCCAUUAUUAUGAUACUAUAAUAUGAAAUGUUCAUUAUAUAAAUCUCACUCUCUACGACCUCUGCAGCUCUUUUAAAUCUUGAUGCACAUAUUAUUAUUAUGUAGUUGAAAGUAUAUAUUUGUCGGGAUAAAGUAAAAAAAAUGAUUAACAUUGCCUUCGAAGUCAAAUCAGCAGAUAAAUUAAUAUUAAAAAUUAAAUCAGUUGAAUGAACUUAUUAGGAUGCAAUUCUACGUAUAAAUGUAAUAAAAUGAAAUAUGUGGAAUAAAUUUAUCUUCUAAAGAAAAAAAAACUGA